AUUACACAGAGCUUUGCCGUACUUUGACUCUUUGAGCUGCGAUUGCCGGGUGACCAGCUUUUGCAUCUCCGUUUAAAUCAGCUGAGGAGCUUUCUACUGCCAAAGAGAGCAAGAGCCAGAGCCUGAGAUAGACAAAAGUGUCCAACACCUCGAUUUAUUGAUUGGAUCAAUAACUAUCACAACACAAAAUGAACACUUUCAAUCCCACCUGUCUGCUACUAUGCCUGGCUAAUCUGACAUUUGCAUGGUACAUGGGCUACAAUGAUGUUCCACCUUCCAUAGUGGAACAGCCUGAAUCGAUUUAUGGAGACCAACGUAUACCAUUAACUCUAACGUGCAGAGCUACUGGAACACCAGAACCUACGUACUACUGGGAGAAGGAUGGUGCUUUAUUUGACGUGGACAGCAAUGAUCGCGCUAGCCUGGAUGGGGGAAACCUAGUGAUUGAAUCAUUAACAACAGCGGACGAUGGACAGUACCAAUGUUUUGCUAAGAACAGGCUUGGUACAGCAAUGUCCCAAAAGAUAUUGACAUCAUUGGCAUUCAUGGAUCAGUUUGAGAAUGAAUGUGAAACAGUACAAACGUAUCAGGGACGACACCUGAAGCUUCUUUGCGGUGGAACCCCCGGUGUCCCUAACAGCAAUCCUGCUCUCUUGAUCUACUGGACUGAUGCAGCUCCCAAACCAAGACCCAUCACAUACAAUGCACGGGUUAACCAGGAUCCACAAGGGAACCUGGUCUUUUCGUACGUUAUUGCAAGCGACGCUCAAGGCUACUUCUGUCAAGCCAUCAAUAAAGUUGUAGGGUCAUCCCAGAGGUCACCAAAAGUCACGCUGAUGGUAUCAGGUAGGCAAACCAGUUGA